CCGUUUUAUGCUCUUUCGUUACACUACUUCAGUUGUUUUAAAGACGGUGGAGUCCGUCAAGGUCAAGUCGUCUCUCUCUCUCCCCCCUCUCUCUUUCUCUCUCUACGAUUCUUCGUUGUCCGCGACUGUCUUAUGAACUAAAGCACUUGUUCGAGUGGUGAUCCAGUUAGGGAUUGAUUCACUGAUCAUCGGGGGUUUGUAAUUCUCCGGCACCGUCCGAUCCUUUUCCGGCGGAGUCCCCAAACGAACUUUACCGUUCCAUUUUGUGUACUGAGUAGAAAUUUCACAAUCGUCUCCGGAAUUCCAACAAUUGUUAUGAAGUGAUUUAUCUGCAAUUCCCCCAGUUUCGAGUCUAAAGAAAAGUUUCUGAACGAUGCAAUCAGGAUAUAAUAUUAAGGAUCUGGUUCAAGAAGCUCAAUCCCGGUGGCUGAAGCCUGCAGAAGUGCUUUUUGUUUUACAGAACUAUGAGGAGUGUCAGCUCACUCACGAACCCCCUCAAAGGCCAGCAGGUGGAUCUUUGUUUCUUUUUAACAAGAGAGUCCUCCGAUUUUUUCGUAGAGAUGGUCAUAGUUGGCGAAAGAAGAAGGAUGGAAGAACUGUUGGAGAAGCACAUGAACGUCUUAAGGUUGGAAAUGCUGAAGCUUUAAAUUGUUACUAUGCACAUGGGGAGCAGAAUUCCAAUUUUCAGAGACGUAGCUAUUGGAUGUUGGAUCCGGCAUACGAGCACAUUGUUCUUGUUCAUUAUAGAGAGAUCAGUGAGGGAAGGCAAAAUUCUGGAUUUUCACGUUUGUCACCAGGGUCCCCUGCUUCUUUCAGUCAGAGUCCCAGCUCUUACACUGCUCAACAUCCAGGCUCUAAAGCUGUGAUUAGUGAAUUAUGCGAACCAUAUCAGACUCUAUCUAGUCCAGGAUCUGUAGAAGUUAGUUCUGACAUAGUCAUCAAGAGUAAUGGGAUGGAUCAGUUGGACGGGAUAGAAACAAAAGGUGAUAAUAGUAGUUCAUCUGAGCUUGAGGUUAGCCAAGCAUUACGACGACUUGAGGAGCAGCUAAGUUUAAAUGAUGAAAGCUUGGAAGAAAUCGCUCCACUCUAUAGUGAGAAUGAGACUUCAAAUGAUUUAAAAUAUUUUAUGCAUGAUCAGAGUUAUAGUGCAUCCGCUGGGAUAGAAGAUGAUGCAAACAAUUUUGUGCUACAAAGAGAUGCAGGUGAUGAUGGGGUGCAUUACCAUGAUCCUUUGGGGCAUAAUUUUGCAAUUGAGAGUAAAGAACCUUUAUAUUGGGAAGACAUGCUAGAUUUAUGUAAGAAUUCGCCUGAUAUAGAGUCCGAACUCCAAGAGAAACCUUUCUACACAUUGGACAGAAAUGGAAUGCUAGUACCUCCAUCAAGAGCAGAACCAGUAGAAGAGCUGGAACAUUCUCAAUGGGUGAAUUUUGGCGGAACUGGUGCUCAAAAGUCUCUGUUGCCGCCUCAAGGAGUUGAAAGUCUCAACUUUCCUGGACAUACUCCAGUAUUUACUCAUGAAAGCAACUCCAACUAUUAUGCAACAUUGUUUGGCCAUGGUCAGAUUGGAAUGUCUCUUGAAGCAGAUUCAAGUUUAACCAUUGCACAAACACAGAAAUUUGCAAUUCGAGAAAUGUCCCCAGAUUGGGGUUAUGCCUCUGAGGUUACGAAGGUCUUCAUUAUUGGAUCUUUUCUCUGUGAUCCAUCAGAAUGUUCCUGGACUUGCAUGUUUGGUGACAUUGAAGUUCCUCUCCAGAUCAUUCAGGAAGGUGUCAUAUGCUGCCAGGCUCCUGUUCACGUUCCUGGAAAAGUCACUCUUUGCAUUACUUCUGGAAACCGGGAGUCUUGCAGUGAGGUCCGAGAGUUUGAGUUCCGUGUUAAACCAACUAGUUGUGCGCACUGUAGUUUACCACAAACAGAGGCAACUAAGAGUCCAGAGGAACUGUUAUUACUCGUCAGAUUUGUGCAAAUACUUUUAUCUGAUCCAAUGAUGCAGAAAGGAGACAGUAGUGAAUCAGGAAUUGAUCUAUUGGGCAAAUCCAGAGCUGGUGAAGAUUUGUGGGGCCACGUAAUUGAGGCUCUUUUAGUUGGCAGCUGGACUUGGUCUGACACAACAGAUUGGCUUCUGCAAGAACUUCUAAAAGACAAGUUGCAGCAGUGGCUUUCUUCUAGAUCAGAAGGGCAAGAACAGCCAGAUUGUCCAUUGUCCAAGAAAGAGCAAGGGAUAAUCCACAUGAUUGCUGGAUGGGGCUUUGAGUGGGCCUUAAACCCAAUUCUCAAUUCUGGAGUCAGCAUAAAUUUCCGUGACAUCAAUGGCUGGACCGCCCUUCAUUGGGCUGCCCGUUUUGGAAGGGAAAAGAUGGUUGCUGCCCUCAUAGCAUCUGGUGCAUCAGCUGGGGCAGUGACAGAUCCCAAUUCACAAGAUCCAAUAGGUAAGACGGCAGCAUCCAUUGCUGCAGCAAGUGGACACAAGGGACUUGCAGGUUAUCUUUCAGAGGUGGCACUAACUAGCCAUCUUACAUCCCUCACAAUUGAAGAAUGUGAGCUGUCAAAAGAUUCUGCUGAUUUGGAAGCAGAAAUAACUGUAGAUAGUAUCUCGAACAGGAGCUUGCAUGCAAGUGAGGAUCAGAUUUCUCUGAAGCAAACCUUAGCUGCAGUCCGGAAUGCAGCUCAGGCAGCUGCACGUAUACAAUCUGCUUUUCGUGCACAUUCUUUCAGGAGAAGGCAACACAGAGAAGUUGUUGAUACUGCCUCUGGUGUAGAUGAGUACAGUAUACUUUCAAAUGAGAUUCAUGAGCUUUCAGCUGUAUCAAAAUUGGCAUUCCGCAAUGCUCGUGAUUACAACACUGCUGCUCUGUCUAUUCAGAAGAAAUAUAGAGGUUGGAAAGGUCGGAAGGAUUUCCUAGCAUUUCGUCAGAAAGUAGUGAAGAUACAGGCUCAUGUGAGAGGUCACCAGGUAAGGAAGAAUUAUAAGGUAAUCUGUUGGGCUGUUGGUGUUCUAGAAAAGGUUGUACUAAGGUGGCGACGUAGGGGAGUUGGUUUGCGGGGAUUUCGGCCCGAGUCAGAGUCCAUUAAUGAAAGUGAAGAUGAAGACAUUGUCAAGGUGUUCCGCAAGGAGAAAGUGAAGGUAGCUAUUGAUGAGGCUGUCUCAAGGGUGCUCUCCAUGGUUGAAAUUCCAGAGGCACGGCAGCAAUAUCGUCGCAUGCUAGAAAGAUACCGCCAAGCUAAGGCUGAACGUGAAGGUGCUGGAAGUGAAGUAGGGUCAUCUGUUCAAGGUGAUGUUUGCAAUAUGGAAAAUGAUGAUAUAUGGCAGCCGCAAUAGAUGAAACCUCUAAUCAUCCUUUCUACUGUUCCUUCGGUAUACCAAAUUUAACAUGAGCUAGUAGUUGGGUUUGGAUUAUAUGUGUAUUUUCGUUUUGGUUUCUUUUUCCCGUAAAUUCGUUUUUUUAUUUUAGAGUUUCUGCAAAUGAUGAUCAUUUAUGAUCCUCAAGUUGGCGUACAUAGAUAUUGUAUAUACCUUGUAAUUUCUGUAAAAUGCUUACUGACAGGAUUGGUAGAUCUCUCUCACCUCUAUUUCUAUCCCAAA